CGGCGCCGCCCCGGUGCCGCCGGCGGAGCCAGCGCGGAUCGGCCCAGCAUGGAGGGGACGCGGCGCGCCCUGCUCCGCCUCGCCGCCGCUUGCUGCCUGCUCUGCGCCCUGCCAGGAGAGGGACAGGAGACAGCAGAGACCUUGGUGUCACCAUCACCUUUUCUUAGCACAGUGCUAACCUCACAUCAGCCAAGGGAAGCCUCUGACUUCAGUCCAGUGACUACUGCCAUUCCUGAGACAAGCCUGGAGAAAAACUUGACUGCUGCAACACUCAAUGCCACUGGAGCCCAAGCUAUGGAGAUGGAGGAUGCCUCCAUCCCUACCACCCCCAUGGUAGGCACCAAGGCAGAGAGACUGCAGGCUUCCACCACUGCCAGCCCUGGGGACGUCACAGUUACACAGCAUGAGCACCACAACGUGAGCUUGUCAGUCAACAGCAGCACUGAAAUCCCCUCCCCUCCCCUGACUGCCAGUACCCUGGAAGAAAACCAGCCCAACCAUGAAGGCACAGAGCCUUUCAGCACAACUGAAGAAAUGGAUGACGCCACCAGUGCAACCCCCACGCUUCCUCUGAACAGUGUGCCGGCAACAACUAACAGUUCUCAGCUGGGGCCUUUUGAUGGGCAGACCGUGGGGCCUACAGCAGCAAGGUCUGAAACCAGCCCAGCAACAAGCCCUGUGGUUACCACAGGGGAGAGCACCGUGGAGCCCAGAACCCCCUCUGCUCCCAUCUUCACCAUAGGGAGCACAUUCUCUGCUACUGCCUCCAGUACUGUGACAGUGAGGCCCCUUGUCACCAGCUCCAUGUCUACCAGCACAGCUGCCACCCCCAACGGCACAUCUACACUGGAGCAGUCAUUAGAGCCUAUGCAUGAGAAAGCUUCUGUGUUGGAUGUUGGCGAUGAUGAAAAUCCAGAGCUACCCAGUUCUCCUUUGGCUGAUACAACGAGGGCUGAUCCCUUGGUAAUCACUGUGAUCUCCGUCUUCAUUGUCAUGGUGGGCAUCCUAGGCCUGGUGGGCUUCUUGAGAUACCGCCAGCACAACAGCCGCAUGGAGUUCCGGCGCCUGCAGGACCUGCCCAUGGAUGACAUGAUGGAGGACACCCCUCUCUCACUCUACAGCUACUAGGCAACCAGGCUGUGCUCUGCCUGGCCGGCUGAACUUCCCAGAGGAGAAGGCCUUGAGGACUUGGUCCCAGACGAUCUGCUGAGGAAUGAGGGGCUGUGAUUUGCACACAACUGAAAGAUCCUUUUCAGAUGGCUUUUGAUUUUAGACAUUUUAAAUAAUUCAAUGUUGACGUUUUUAUGCUGGGAAUCAGAGCCCAAAUCUGGCCCUUUCCUCCAGGCUCUCCUCAAAUGCCCUGAAGAGGUGCCUCCUCCUUUUAGUGUGGUGACCAGUUAGCCAAGACAACCUUUGCCAUCACGUUCCGCAUGGAUCUCUUCUGUCCAUCUUGGCAGCUGCUGCUUUCAAAGGAGGUGGGCAAGUGAUCCAUACAAGAGCUUUUAACACUGGUGGUGUCAGCACAGUGCUAGCAAAGGAGACUGCUGUUUUCUGAGGGAGCCAAGGGUGUGGAAAUCAGUUCUCUUGGGCUCCCUCUUGUUCUGUAUUUUUAAGGUUGUUUGUUUUGGGUUUUUUCCUGCACUUUUUUUUGUUCCUGUUUCAGCUUUAGUCCUGGGAUUGACACUGCCCAUCCUGAAACACCUACCAGGAGGACGACAGACUGCUCUGCUUCCUUCCUACAUGCGUACCUUUUCUCUAACCAGGGAAAACAGUUUUGUGGCCACUGGAGAAGUGCCCUUGCUACUUGAUGUUGCUUUGAAAUUGCUGGGAGGAAAAUGAACAUAAUUUUAGCUUAACAGGGCUUGAUAGGACUCAGUCUAUUGCCAGUUAGACACACUAAUUUGGUCUCACCAAAAGUAGGAAACUGUGUCUUCUAUACUUGAUGCUUUCAACAUAUGCAUAAACUCCUUGCCCAGGCUCAGUAAAUGCUUUAGUCCAUUCCCCUGCCUGGAUUGACACAUGCCUUUCCUCAGGUACCUCCCAUUUUGCUGCUAGCAUCUGGUUGCUGAAAGUUGUUGUACAAAACUAGUACUGCACUCUCCCUCCUCUGCUAUGCAAGGUCAAAGCUCCUUUACCUUCUAAUAUUGGUCUUUGAGCCAGUUGGUGUCUUGUCAUGAGGACAGAUCCUGGAUGUAGGUGCCUUCCUCCCCUUCCCUUUCUAGGUGUUAGGCUGAUUAGAUUCUGCACUUCUGCCCAAAAUAUCACUGCUCUAGACUGCAUUCAAGGCUCUUGAGGCCCCUCAAGGAAACCCAUGGACCAGAGCCUCUGAGUGUAAGUCUGAGGAUCUUUUGCUGCCCUUGCCUCAGAAAGACCGAGAGUGUGCAUGACAUGAAAGUCUUCAUGUAAUUAACACUUGCUUCUGUUUUCUAAUUCACAUUUGACUGCAGGUAAGGAGAAACACAUGCCUUCUCUAGAGUGUUUGAUUUUUGACUAAGCCAGUUGCUCCCUCAGGAUACAGCAAGGGCUAGAGAUUAUCUACCACAUUGCUCUUACAAGCCUCAGUCUCUCCUCUCCUUUCAGUAGCAACACUCACUGACCCCACAAAGGACAGACACCAGGCCUCACUAGCAGAAGUACCUUUUUUUUUCCAGUGCUGUUAUUGCUUGUCUUAGCAGGGAAAGGGGAAUUUCCCCAUCAGCAGGGCUCAAAUUAUCUGUGAAGCCCAAAGAUGGAGCAGAACUGGUCUGGGUCAAAUAAAUGAACUAGGUAAUACAGCAGUUCCUCCUUUCUGUGUUACUACUUCCGAAGUGGCUGACAAAUGGCUGCAGUGCAGUUUGAGUUCAGCUGUUGGCUUUGGCCUUGCAUCUGUUUAUUGUAAGGAUGCCCGGUAAAAUAGGGAAGAAGGGUUGGUUCUCUCCUACUAUUAUUGCAUGAAAACUAAAGGGCAAUUGUCACAACUCCAAAGCUUUUGUAUCAAGCAUUGUCUGCACAGAGCAAUCUCCCUAGCUACAGACUUGUUUCCUCUGCCAGAGGGCAGGGUGCUACUGGUUUUUGGCACAAGAGGCAAGUUAGUGGUGGAAAACAGAACUCCAUCCUGGCUGGAACUGGUGCAGGCUGGCAUAGCUGGAAAGUGUCUCUGCACACAACCGAAAGAGCAGGGGCUGGUUGUUCUGGUUUCCCAUUCAUUGCUGUCCAGGGGAAAGGGGUGAGGAAGAAAACUCGCCCAACACCAAAGUGCAACUUUCUUUGUAAAAUAUGUUAAUAGUGGAUUUUUUUUUCUGCAAUAAAGUUACAAAUGCCAAA